AUGACUUCCCCGCAAGAUAUUCUCACCGGAUUCCUCGCCAGAAGCGUACCUGGCGCGCACAUCGCUCAUUUGCAAGGCCCCCAUGGCUGCGGAAAAAGUACCGAAUGGCUCUGUCGCAUUUGGGACCAGAUCGCACGCGAUCCCGCCGCCACGCUUGUGUACAUCCAGCCGACCGAGACACAAGUGACGCUGUUGAAAGCAUACUUGAGCACCCAGUCCAUCAAGGACGGCUUGGAGAGUGGCAGGGUGAUCUUUCUGUCCAUCGAAUCAAUGGUCGAGUUUUCGCGACAAUCACAACAGCCACUCGGCCCGCGUGUCUGUAUCGAUCUAGAGGUCACCCCCUCUGCUCGCGGCGAGUAUCUCGUCGCUCUUUUCUACCAUAUGGCAGAGGCUGCUGGCGAGUCUCUGGCCGUCAUCACCAUGGGUGCUGCCGACCAUCGUUACCCCCGCUGCGCCCGGCCAGUCAUCAUUCAAGUCGACCCUCCCCACGAGCUUUUGCCCAUGGCACCGCUAGGACCAGGUGCCCAUGCGUCCAGUGUCAUCUGGGAGACAUUGUACGAGGGGUGCGAAGCUCAAGACAGAAACGUCCUUCUGUUCACGGAUCUCCACACCGCUAUGGACUUGAGAAACGGUUCUAGCUGGGAAAAUUACGAAACGCGCUCGAAGGGCUUGCCAAAAUGUCAUUUCGUUACUCUGUCACGACGACGGCUUGACCAAAACCCCACCUUUGUCGCCUCUCUGGCAACCCUAAACGGGCCUACGCUGAUUCAGGUUGAGCAUGAUGUUGAAGUACGGUUCCCGAUCCGAAAUGUCGCCAUGGCCGUUUACCAAAGAACCAAGGAGAUGACUGUCCUUGACAACAGAUCAGGAUUGCUGGUCAAUAACCCCGCCGUCCUGGUCAGCAAGCAGGAGCUUUUAGCAAAGCAAGGUCUGGCUACCUACUCCUGUGGCCCAGCCCAAGUUGCUCAUUACAGUGCACCUGACGGCCCGAUCUGUGUGGAUUCGAUUCCGGAUCAGCCACGGCCGCACGCUCAUAGCAGCGAGUUGCUGGGUUUUUGCCUGCUGGCUCUCAGCAUUCCCGCAUAUGAUCCUAUGGCCUACAACGUUUGUCCACUACUGUGGUACGAGGCCCUUCGUGUUGUCAAGCUAAUGGGGCUCGUCGACCAGACGACCUCUACGCUCACUCCAGUCGGCCGGUUGACCCUGGACUUUGCCCAGCGAAUGAGCAUGUCCAAUAUUUACCCUGCAGUGUUCAUAGCACACAUGCAGCACAUUCCCGCGUCUCCGGCUACCAAGCGGGUGGCUUGCAUGAUGGCAGCCAUUCUGCAUGCUGGCCAGGACUCGAUUUGGCACCCUGCUGUCUCAGUCCAGACGUUCAAUGCCCAUCAGUUUGUCAGAGCCAUGGUCGCUCAGAGCAGCCCUUCCUUUACUCUUGACAGGCUGUGGAGCGGGAGCCUGUGGGUAGCCGUCGCACUGUUGGAAGAAGUCAUUCACACGUCAAAGGUGUUUACAAUGCCCAGGGGCAGCGAGGAUGACCGUUGGCCACUGAAAAAUGGCUGCAGCUUUAACCACGCUGCUAUGAUCUAUCGGCUGUCAACUUGGCUCGCACGAAGUACCAAUAGCCUUGGUCCGCUCGACCAGGUAGAUCCACAUGAUCAGCCUGAAGUUUUGCCGAUUCAGAGGGCAUUGCUGUCGGCAUAUGCACAAAAUGUUGUCUUCAUCCCCUCCGUCGAUUCUUCGGCAGAUACUGACGGACAGUUGUGCUCCUUGUCGUCGUUCCAGGCUGUUGAACCAAGUGAAUCCGAAAUGACGUCGCUCCGGCCCUACGUUAUGAAUCAUGGUCGCGGAUUGCUUGGCCUGUUUACCAUGGCUGAACUCGAUAGGGAGGCCAAUUACACCAUCUACGGCAUUAUGCCCCUACAUUGCGAGGCCUUUGACGUCUUCCAUGGUAGGAUUCCCGGCUUUCAAGCUGGAGCGGGGUUCGACACCGAUGACUUGAACAAGUUGGCUGCAGGACUCAUGACGGUUUGGGGACGCAGGGUCAUGGUGGACUAG